ACGAACCCCCCCCCCCUUUUUUUUUUCCCUGUAGGGGCGGGGAUGCGACUGAAGGAAACGCCGGCCUUGCUUGGAUCAGGAUUUGAAAUGUCUAACAAGGCAAUUAUUAUGACUAGAGCUGCUUGUAUAGAGAAACUGCUAUCUGAAAAAAAUUACCAAAAUAUUAGCAGUCAUCUUGUGUACCUUGAAACUAUUGAUAUGACUGUAAACUGCCUCCAGGAAACUGACAUUGCCAAAGCUGUGUACAGAGUCCUAAAGAACUGCCCCUCUGUGGUAGUAAAAAACAAGACAAAGCAUUUACUUUCGAAGUGGAAAACCCUUUACAAGAAUCAUCGUCAAUCAGAACAAGCUACGCCUGUGUUGUCUGAUCAUAGACCAGAGAGUUCUGAACACUUUAAAGUGUCUCUGGAGGAUGCAAACUCUUCUGACAGACUAGCUCAAAAUGAAAUAUUAGGCACCACCAGUUCCCCACGUUGCUUGCCGUCAGAAAACCACUCGAAAUAUACAGGAAUUACAGAGCAAAAGGAUCAUAUGAUCCAACCCAUCCUUCUGGAACACACUAGGCCCAUUAAUGAAGCAAGUUCUCUUGAAGAUCCCAUGGCAACUAUGAGAUAUAAAUGCACAAAACUUCUUUAUGAAGCUUUGAUUGACUCUUCAGCAAGUAAUGAAGAUACUGAACGGCAUCGUAACAUAGCUAAAGACAUUGAACAAUGUAUUUUUGAACUUUAUGCUAAAAAUGAUAAAAAAUACAAAAACUGCAUCCGAAGCAAAGUCUCCAACUUAAAGAAUCCUAAAAAUUCUCACUUAAAACGCAGCCUUUUUGCAGGGACUCUGAAUCCAAAGGCAUUUGCGAAUAUGUCUGUGUUGGAAAUGGCACCUGAUGACUUAAAGCAGCUCAGAGCUUCAUACACAGAAUCAUCCGUUCGUGAACAUCAGCUCCCCCAGAUUGCUAAUGGUACUCAUACCAACAAGAUAAAAUGUAGACGGUGUGAAAAAUUUGAUUGCUCUGUUACUGUGAUUUCCAGGGGAGUCCUUUUCCUUCCUAGUUGGGUGAGAAAUGCAAAUGCAGAUGAACAAAUGAUGACUUAUGUAAUUUGUAAUGGGUGUGGAGAGCAAUGGUACCACAGCGGGUGGAUUUGUUUGUGAUUGUGUAUCUUUUAAUGCUUAUAUCUUCAGAGGAGAUAGACAUACUAAGUUACCAAAAUAAAAUGCCUAAAAAUGGUAAUACUAAAAAUGUUUGCAGUGAAAUAAAAUUAUUAUUGAUCAAUACGGAAGAUGGUUACAAAACUGCUUGUCAUAUAGAAAUCACCAGCCAUAAGCUUUUGCCUAUUGUUCUGUUGUGAACUUCAUUGCUGCUAUAUCAUCAAAUUAUAAACAUAAAAUAUUUUCCAAAA